AUGAUCAUGAAGUUGGGGAAGUCGGUAUUCUCAAUUCCGGUGGUACUUAGUACCAUCGCCUCGGCAGCUUGGGGAGAACCCCUAACAGCUGAGGGGAUUGAGAAAAUGGGAAAUAAUAGCCUCUUUACGAUGGCACGCUGGAGACCGUCGUCUCAUUUCCUUGCACCUGCAGGCUGGAUGAAUGAUCCUUGUGCGCCGAUGUACGACCCAGUUCGAGGUCUCUACCAUUUACAUUAUCAGUUCCACAACAAUCAUAUUGCUUGGGGAAAUGUCUCAUGGGGACACGCGACAUCCACAGAUCUGAUUACAUGGACCGAUGUCGACCAUUACCCCGAUGACGAACUCCCUGCUUGGAAAGACUACCAAGCACAAUCGAUCGGGACCACCAACCUAACCAGCAAUCACCACGAUCCAGCUCUCUAUAACCACUUGUCUAUCUUUUCAGGUGGUGGUCAGGCAGUCAACCUAACAGGAGGAGUAGACGGCACACUCCUAGCCUUCUAUACCGCUGCCUCCGAGCUCCCUACCGCCUGGAAUGAACCGUACCUCCCCGGAACUGAAAGCCAGGCGUUAGCGAUCUCGACCGACGGCGGAAUAACAUGGGAGCACUAUGAGGACAACCCGAUUCUCAGUGACCCGCCCGGUAAUUGGAACAUCACUGGCUGGCGUGACCCGUUCUAUGUCCCAUGGCCUCAAUUGGAUACUUUACUCAAUAAGACAGAGCCUCACUGGUAUGCAGUCUGGGGUUCUGGUAUUCGAGAAAUUGGUCCUCGGAUGCCACUUUAUACCGCCCCAGCUUCGGACUUGACCAACUGGACCUUCUUGGGAGCCUUGUGGGAGCCGAAGAAAAACACUUCAUUGGGCACGUUGGAAGAGACUGGUUCUUAUGGAUUCAACUUUGAACUUUCCAAUUUCUUCUCAAUUGGCGAUCGGUACUUUGUCUCCAUGGGUGCCGAAGGAGGAAACGUCAGCUUCCAUCAAAAUAAAUGGUCUUUAUGGAAUGAGGGAAUGGUAUCUGUGCGAGAGAAUGGAAGUAUUGCUUUUACUCCAACCGCUGGAGGUGCAAGCGACUUCGGCCUAUUAUAUGCGAUCAACUCAUUCGACGACGUCAAGAACAACCGCCGUAUCCAGUGGGGAUGGGCUCAGGAAGACAUAAACGACUUCGGAGCAGCACAACUCGGCUACCAAGGCGCCUUCUCGCAUCCACGGGAGGUUUUCAUCAAAAACACUACAGGCGUCACUCAUAAAUCUUCUGAUGUUCUUGGAAGCUCCCGCUACUUCAAAAACACCAACGGAAGUUGGACAGCAAGUACCCUUGGUGUCCGCCCAGCUCCAGAUGUCGUCCGGGGUCUUCACCGUGGUGCCCGCCAUAUCAAAUAUCCAUGCAACCAGAGGAAGUGUGAUACGAAGAAGAUCGAUCUACCAAGCAACCUUACUUCAUCUUACCAAAUCAGCUUCACUAUCGAGCACACCACUGGCAUGGCAGGAGUGACAGUCGGUGCUUCCCCUGACGGUGAGGAGUAUACAAACAUCUACUUCGAUCCCUCGAGCAAAAACAUCGUCGUUGACCGGGCUAACUCUUCCCUCAUCGACGAAUUUACCAAGACGCCUCAUAUUGGAUUCUUUGAGCCCUAUAAACUGCAACACAAAAGCGGCAACUCCACCAUGGAGCCUAUUCAAAUGAAUAUCUUCGUCGAUGGCUCUCUCGUGGAAGUUUACGCCAAUGAUCGAUUCGCUCUUACUAGUCGUAUCUAUCCCAGUCGGGAGGAUAGCACGGGUGCGAAGUUGUUCGCUGCCAAGGGUGUCGAUGUCAAGUACUCCAAUGUUGAGAUUUGGGAUGGCUUGUUGAAUGUUUGGCCGGAUAGGCCUCAGAACAGCAGCUCCCUUCUGAUUUGGGAUACUGCUGCCGAGACGGGCAAUUACACCUGGUGGACGGGUAACUGA